AUGUAAAACAAAACUCUAAUAAUUUGCUUAAUAAUUUCUUAACUUCUUGUUUCUGUAAUUUCAUAAUUUCCAGGAAUUGAAACUACUUGUACUGGUUCUCCUGGUUAAAAAUGUUCUUAAGCCUGUGCUGUACCUACAGUUACAGGAGGUCCAGGAGCUUGUUCUUGGUUAGGAACAGGAAAUGAUUUGACUACUUGUUUUGUUAAUGAUUGUUCUUGCCUAAAUAUAGGAACAAUAACUGGUUUAACUGAUGCAUUUUGUUAUUCUUGUAGAGGAAGUAGCUUUGCUAAUACUGCUGGUAGUGCUUGUGUAGCUAGUUCUGCUUCAUGCACAGCAAGACCAAGUAAUGUUGCAUGGACUUUAGGUGAUUGCACCAUUUGUUCUCCUAAUACCCCUGCAUUGGUUUCAGGUGCUUGUAAAGCUUGUAGUGAUAUAACUAGUGGCCUGACUGAUGCAAAUUGUGCUGCAUGCGCCAGUACUUCUACCCCUAAAGGUAACACAAAUUUUGCUAACUCUGCUGGUACUGCUUGUGUUAAUGCUUCCGCAACAUGUGAUAGUGGUAGUAGAGGUUCUACUGCGCUCAAUGCUUGGACAGCUGCUGAUUGUCUUGCUUGUACUCCUGCUACUCCCAUUUUGGUACCCGCUGCUUAAGGUUCAACAACUACUUCUUGUGCUGCUUGCUCUACUGUCAAUACAGGUUUAACUGAUACCUUAUGUAAUGCUUGUGCAUCAAGUGCUUCCCCUCCAGCUAAAACUACUUUUGCUAAUACCGCUGGUUCUGCUUGUGUUGCUUCUUCCGCAACAUGCACUACUGCUAGUAGAGGUACUACUACUGCAAAUGCUUGGACAGCUGCUGAUUGUCUUGCUUGUACACCUGCUACUCCUGCCGUACAAUUUGGUGCUUCUCCAUUAACUACUUCUAGUUGUGUUGCUUGUAAUAGUAUUACUUCAGGAUGGACAGAUGCUAACUGUAAUUCAUGUGCUAUGGCUGCUAGCCCUUAAACAAAAACUAUCUUCGCUAAGACUGAUGGAAGUGCUUGUGUAGCAGCUGCGUAUUCAUGCAAUAAAUCUGCCAGAGGUUCAAAUAAAUGGACUGAUGCAGACUGUGCCGCCUGCAAUGGUACUGCUACUAAUGCAAAUCAAUAUGCCUCUGUUGAUGGUUCUUCAUGUCAAUCUACACAGAUUUCUGCAUCAAAUACUUCAUGUACUUUCAGUGGUUAGAUCUUUGUUAGCAUUUUAUUAGUUUUAUCUGCUUUGUUAAUUUGA